AUGACAAUUCAAAUACCUGGUUAUGUGGUGCCUGGCCAAGCUCUCUGUCCUACUUAUGAAGCAUUUGAGUCGAGGACUGUGAGAAAGUUCAUUUCUGGUCCAGGCACCAAGUACGACUCGAUUUCGAUUGGGAAUAACGAAAGGAGCCCAAUAAUAGCCUCGACAAUAUUGGGGAAGGUCAGAUUGCAACCACUUGCUGAUAACGUUGACGACCCAUCAGCAAAUGACGAAAAUAAAUACGAUAAAAACAACGCUGGUGCCAGCAAGACUCAAAAUGUGGACUUUCAGAUCAAGAAGUAUCUAAUAUCUGUUUUGCCCAAAAAUAACGUCUUUAACAGAAUUCCUCGAGUAAUCAAUGAAGUGUUGAGUGAAAAACUCAAUUUAUUUUCCAGCAACUUGCCACAUGAGGGCGACAUUGUUCUAGUGAAGAUUUCAAAAAUAUCAAUAAGACAGGCAUUUUGCGAGAUAUUAGUAGUUGAACGAGGAAAUCAGUUUCAGCAGACAGUUUUAAAAGAUUCUGGUAUAGCGAGCAAUGGGUAUGGUGAAAUAUCUCCUGGAGGUGGUUCGGGCGCAUUGACUUCGAUUCUAGCCACUGCAUCUUCAGCUUCAGUCAGCUCUUCAAGUUUGAAUUUGGGUGAAAAUUUCAAAGGCGUAAUCAGAUCACAAGAUGUCAGAGAUAUGGAUAAGGAUAAAGUGCAGAUAAACGACUGUUUUAUGCCUGGUGAUAUCGUGAGGGCAUUGGUAUUGUCACUAGGUGAUGGGUCCAAUUACUAUUUAUCAACUACAAGAAACGAUUUAGGGGUGGUGCUUGCAAGAGCCUCUGAUGGAAGCAACAAUUUGUUGUAUCCCAUAGAUUGGCAAACUAUGAUUGACCCAAUAACUGGAUUAACAGAGAAGCGUAAAUGUGCCAAACCAUUCUGA